CAUCAGUGGAGAAGAAGGAAAGAAACAUUAUUGUAUAGCUGUAAUGGUGAGCAUAAUCUACCUGAUCCUAACUUGUUUGCUUUUCUUUGCUUUGACAACGCAACGUUCAGAAAACUAGUUUGUUAGCUGUUUAAAUUUCCGUGUGGAUACGUGUUAAAAAAUAAAUAUUAAGUAAUAAGUGUUUCGCGUGUACCUCGUGGGCUGUCAGAAAGAUCAGAAAAAAGUAUAAUCAGUGUAGUCGGUUGAGAAGUUUAUUGGUAAACAAAUAACUUACCGGAAAUCGAAUGAAAUAAGCUUUAUUUUAAAACUAAAUCACUAGAAAAUGGAUUCAAAUAUAUUAGAAAACAAAGCAGCUUCGGAUGGAACAGAUCAACCCAUGUGCCGCUUGUGCUUGAGUGAAGAUUCACUAGAUGACAUUUUCGAACAGGACAGUCUUAAUAUAUGGAUUUCUAAAUUCCUUUCGGUUGUGAUUUCUCAGAGUGACGGAAUUGGUCACUUGAUAUGCGUAGGCUGCCGCCAACGAAUACAUGAUUUCCGAGAGUACCAACUAAGCUGUCUCAAAGUUCAGAGUGCGCUGGAGAAGAAGUCAGCUGACGAUGGAAAUAAAGGAACACAAAGCAUUGCAAAGAGAUUUGUAACGAUCAAGGGAGAAUCGAAUGAAAAUUCAGAAGACAUGGAAAACUCCCUCUUUAAAUGUUGUAAGUGUGAGAAAACUUUUAAAACGAAACGUGGAUUUACCAUGCACAAUGACACUUAUCAUACUUCUAUGGUGUUCAAAUGCGAGAUUUGUGAUGAACUUUACCCGGCAAUACAUCUUCUAAGAACGCACCUUCAAACGCACGGUAAGCGAGAAAGAAAACAUGCAUGUACGAUCUGCGGGUACGCUUUUUAUCGAAAACCUCAUUUGAAAAACCAUAUGGCAGUGCACAAGAAGAAGCAAAUGAAAAUUGAGGUUUUAAUCAGCCAAAGACAGCAUGGACAACAAAAUGAUGUACCAGCAAAUAAUUAUGAAGGAGCCAAUAGUUGUGGGGAUCGAACUGAGUACAAUUUCAAUGAACCAGAAACCAGUAACAGUGUUCCAGGAGCCAACGAUAUAUUCGAGGUGGAAGAUGUAAAAAUUGAACCCAAUGAUUCGUUCGAAGAGCAAGAAGCGAAUUUUGAAAUGGACAGUGCGAAUCAUCGAGCGGCGAAACCAAAAAAUCAACCAAGUUCAGCUGGGAUUGAAUGCGACAUUUGCCACAAGACCUAUAAAUCUAAGAAAAUUUUAUCGGCUCAUAAGUAUACCAUUCAUUUUCCGAAGUCGAUUGAAUGUUCCAAGUGCUACCAAACAUUUCCUUCGUCGUCCCGUCUUACACAUCACAAUCACAUGGUUCACAAGGCCGAAAGAAAACAUGCUUGCGCUGAGUGUGGUGCUGAGUUUGUUACCAGAUUUAACUUGACCAGACACAUGAAGGUACACGUGAAAGGAUACGUUCGGAAACAAGGACGGAAAUGGAAGCUGCCGCAAAAGCAAACCGAUGGCGAUGAACGAAAGCAUGAUAUGGAAUCAUUGGAUGCUGUUCCGGGAUCGAUUUUCAUCAAACAGGAAGUAAGAGAAAUGGCGGAAGCACUUGGAGAAUACACACAAGCAUCCGAAAAGAUUCUUGAAGGGUACCACAGCUUGAGGGUAGAUCAUUUAGCUUCCGAUGAAUUGGAAUUUGAAUUAGACAUUCGCUCGAUAGUAAUUCGAGAUGACCCCACAUACUCGAGGAGGCGAAGAUGCCUUCGGGAUCUUUUGAAGAGUGAACGGGACCACAAUAAGUUAGUAGAAGCGCAGCUUGAGGUAAAUUGGGAAGAAACCAUUCAGUCAUGCCGACGAUAUUACGACGAGAUUUCUGCGGGUCUCCAGCAAAAUGAUAAGAAUUUGAAAGUAAGAGGUCAAACAAAACUUUUGCAUUUUGGGCAUCGAAUUAUCCUUUUGGUAAAUAAUGUUGGGAAUUCAGGAAGCAGAAAGCUUUUGAAAGCGAUGCUUAUUGACGUUGUUAAGCUGUUAACGAAGUACUACUAUGCUGGCCCUGUGGUAUCCGAAACGGUUAAUCGUAAUAAUUUGGAAGAUCAUACUCUGGUAGAUCUGUUCCGCUCUGAUGGAGAUUGCUCAGUCCAACCUUCGCAAAACAUAGCGACAGGUACAGGAGUGUCAGAAGUAGAAGCCAGACAUCUGGAGAAUGUUCCUUCGAGCUCGCAGUUUGAAAGUAGUGAUUUCGUGCGUUCUUUACUAGCUCGUGUCAAAGAGCUUGAAGCGGAGCUGGCUAGCAGAGAUCAGCCGCGCGAAAAACAGUCGCAACAGAAUGAAUCUGUGGUUCCGAGUGGAAUCCAACAGUCGAUGGCUAAUGCACGACACGAGUUUCCUGGUUUUUCUAAUCAGCUUCCGCACUCAGUUUCUUUAGUACACUCGCAGAUCCCAAGCAGUCAUAGUUCUUCUAUUGGGGCUUUAAGGCCAGCCACUAAUGUCACUUUCUCGCUUCCUCAAUGUUAUCCCACCCCGCAGCCCCAGUGGUCUUCUUCGUGGCAGCAUCACCUUCAGAACACUGGAGCCCCGCCUUUGAAUACUACAAGUACUGUCAAUCCGUGGCAAGGAAUCCCAACAAUCGGAAGUGUGCCAGUCACAACCCCUUGGCAAAGUGCCUCAGCGUUUAGCAACGCAACGAUUUCCAAUCCCUGGGUUGCAAAUCCUGUAAUCAAUUAUGGACAGUCGUCCAAUCCGUGCACAGGAACCUCAGGUCCGAGUUCAAACUCAUACGCGAAUCCUUCGUUUGCCACUUUUAAUCCAAUCCUGCCAGGUAAUCAGGUGCGCCAUAGCCUACCUGUAUCCAAGUGGACAAUCUCCAAGUACGAUGGAGAGGAUCAAGCUGCGGAAACUCUUUAUCCGAGAGCUCCGGUUUCGUAUAGUAUUUCAUAUCCGCUCCCUAAUGAUAAUCGUCCAUAUACGUCCGUAAAGGUGUAUGGAGUAAAGUUCCGUGCCCUCCUUGACAGUGGAAGUAACCUUACACUAAUCAAUGAUUCGAUUUACCACGCCCUCAAACCGAAGCGAAUAUUUCAGCUUCGAAAUCCUCUAAACUUGCGCACGGCCAGUGGUGAAACGCUCAGUGUGCGUGGACAAGUUUUCUUGCCGUUUACAUGGAACGGCAUUACAAAGGUAGUUCCGACUCUGGUCAUCCCCAAUCUAGCGAUCAACUGUAUUUGCGGCAUGGACUUCUGGAAAACUUUCCACAUCCAGCCGACCAUUACCGAUUGCGCUAUAGUUGAGGAUGAUAGAGAGAACGAAAGUCCUAAGCCAUUACCUUCAGCAUCUGUGCUGACAGCGUCUGAGCAGCGGACGAUAGAAGCGAUCAAACAGUUGUUCAUACCAGCUUGCCCAGGGAGACUUUCUACCACACCACUGGCGGAGCAUAAAAUAGAAAUUUCCGAAGAAUGGCGGAAAAAGCCUCCAGUUAGACAGUUUCCGUACGUAAUGUCUCCUAAAACGCAAGGCCAGCUACCAAAGGCGAAGUACCUAUCGACAAUCGAUUUGUCAGAGGCUUUCCUUCAAGUACCAUUGGAGAAGUCCUCGCGAAGGUACACUGCCUUUAGCGUGCAAGGUAAGGGGUUGUUCCAAUACACCAGAAUGCCUUUUGGCCUGGUUAACAGCCCUGCCACCCUGGCUCGACUGAUGGACCAGGUUCUUGGCCACGGUGUAUUGGAACCGUAUGUCUUCGUUUACCUUGACGACAUAGUCUUGGUAACGGAGACAUUCGAGCAUCACGUCCAGUUACUUCGCGAAAUUGCGCGCAGACUGAACAAAGCCAACCUCAUGAUUAACCUCGAAAAGUCUCAGUUUGGGGUACCGGAAAUUCCCUUCUUAGGAUAUCUCCUCAGUUCAGAAGGUCUUCGUGGAAAUCCGGACAAAAUCCGGCCGAUUGUCGAAUAUGAAAGGCCGAACACGAUUACCAAACUAAGGAGAUUCCUAGGGAUGGUGAAUUAUUAUCGGCGGUUCAUCCCAAACUUCAGUGAGACCUGCGGGCCUCUGUCGGAUCUCCUGAAAACUAACACCAAGGUCAUCGGCUGGAACGAGGCCGCAGAGGGAGCAUUCUGUGGCAUAAAGGCGAAGCUCAUCUCGGCACCGAUUCUGGGAAGCCCCGAUUUUUCUCGUGAGUUUGUCAUUCAGACAGAUGCGAGCGAUGUAGCUGUGGCUGGGGUACUAACUCAGCAGCAAGAGGAUGGUGAACGGGUCAUAUCUUAUUUUUCCCGGAAGCUCACCACCCCACAAAAAAACUACCACGCUGCAGAGAAAGAAGCCCUUGCAGCUCUUCUCUCAAUUGAAGCGUUUCGAGGAUACAUUGAGGGCUAUCACUUCACCCUGGUGACAGACUCGUCGGCGCUGACUCACAUCCUUAAGACUAAAUGGAAAGUUGGUUCCCGUUGUAGCCGGUGGAGCUUGGACUUUCAGCAAUUCGACAUGACAGUGGUUCAUCGAAAGGGCAAAGAAAAUGUCGUACCGGAUGCACUGUCACGAAGUAUUGCUGUAGUCCAAGCUUCGGCAGCCUCAGCGUGGUACACUUCUCUUAUGGAAAAGGUCAACAGUCGCCCAGACGAUUUUGUCGAUUUCAAGGUCGAGAACGGCAGAUUGUACAAAUUUAUAACUGCCAAAAAUGUACCGUACGACUCUCGUUCGCUAUCGAAUACAGCAACUUUGCAUAUGACAAUGGACACAAAAAUAGUGGAAAAUGAGGCUGCCUCGAUAAAUGAAACACGUCGUUGGGUUUGUCGUUUGUGCAUGAGUAAGGAGUCUUUAAAAAACAUUUUUCAACAGGAUGGACUUAACAUAUGGAUUUCAAAGUUUCUUUCGAUUGUGGUUUCACGAGAAGACAAUAUAUCUCUCAUGGUUUGUGACGAUUGCCGGACACGGUUAUUUGAUUUCCGGGAGUUUCAACUACGUUGCUUGAAAGUUCAAAAUGAACUGGAAAUCGAAUGCGCUGAUAUGGAAAUAAUAGGUUCGAAACGAUCGAGAUGUAUUGGAGCUAAGAAGAAAUUACGACAAGAUUCCGAAUUAGCCUACAAUUGUUCGAAGUGUGGGAAAAUUUUCCAGUCUCAACGUGGCUUCGAACUGCACAAUGAAACCUACCAUUUUUCAUCGGUAUUCCAAUGCGGCCUUUGUAGUCAAAUUUUUCCAGCAGUGCAUCUUCUAAGAAAACAUACUAAGACACACAGUGAGCGAGAAAGGAAGCAUUUCUGUGUGAUUUGUGGAUUUGCCUUCUUAGAAACGAUUCAGCUGAGAAGGCACGUGGAAUUGCACAGAAGGAAGAAGUUGAAAAUAAAGCAUCGAUUCCAAACCAGACAGAAGGUAAAUGAACCAGUUAAUGAUUGUGAAAAAAAUCACGACCAAGGUCAAGAACCCAUCUUGGAGUCGUCAAACAAUCUUUAUGUUGAACCUGGGGACGACGAAUUAUUCGAAGCGACGAGUAUUAAAGUUGAACCCGAGAUAGAGGAUUCCAAAGAGGAACAUGAAAAGAUGCACAAGAGGGAGAAGUUGAAUAUUGAGCAUAAAAUCCAGGCUAGACAGAAUGUAAAUGAGCCAGUGAAUGAUCGUGAACUUCAUCCCGACCAAAGUCAAGAAUCCAUCCCAGAAUCUUCGUACAAUGUUUAUGUUGAACCUGGAGCCGACGACUUAUUCGAAGCGACGAGUAUAAAAAUUGAGCCCGAGAGGGAAGAUUCCAAUGAGGAGCAGGAAAAGAUGCACAAGAGGGAGAAGUUGAAUAUUGAGCAACGAAUCCAGACCAGACAGAAGGUAAAUGAACCAGUGAAUGAUCUUGAACUUCAUUUCGACCAAAGUCGAGAAUCCAUCUCGGAGUCGUCAGACAAUGUUUAUGUUGUUGUUUAUGUUGAGCCUGGAGCCGACGACUUAUCCGAAGCGACGAAUAUAAAAAUUGAAUCCGAGAUGGGAGAUUCCAAAGCGACGAGUAUGAAAAUUGAGCCCGAGAUUGAAGAUUCCAAUGAAGAGAAGGAAAAGAUGCACAAAAGGGAGAAGCUGAAUAUUGAGCAUCGAAUCCAGGCCACACAGAAUGUAAAUGAGCCAGUGAAUGAUCGUGAACUUUAUCCAGACCAUCGCCAAGAAUCCAUCUUGGAGUCGUCAGACAAUGUUUAUGUUGAACCUGGAGCCGACGACUUAUUCGAAGCGACGAGUAUAAAAAUUGAACCCGAGAUGGUGGAUUCCAAUGAGGAGCAUGCAAAGAUUAUUGAUCGAGUUAGCGAGGUAUGCCGAGAAGCGGGGACAAGUGCCAACUCCGAGGCUUCUAAAUUUGAAUGCGACAUUUCCCACAAAUAUUUUAAAACUCAGAACGUUUUGUCGAUACACAAGCGAAGUGUACAUUCACCCAAAAUGAUUGAUUGUCCAACAUGCACUUUAUCGUUUGCUUCAAGGAUCCGCCUUAGGCGACAUGAACGAAUGGUUCACAACAAAGAAAAGACGAUCAAAUGUGAGGUCUGUGGCUUUGAGUUUUUCAGAAGAUAUGAUAUGAAAAGACAUAUGAAGGUACAUCAAGAAGGCUACGUACGGAGAUAUGGUCGCAGUUAGAAGGUUUCAUCAAUGCCUAAGGUGAUGGACAAAUAGCACGUAUAACUGUGUCAAGUAUGCUCUUACAUUUCAACAAAUGAUCCAUGAUCCAUUAUUGAAAAAAAAAUACAUAAAACCUAUUUUCAACAUUAUUCAUUAGAAGUUAAGAAACUUUUUUCAUUGUUAAAAGCCAUAGUCCGAUCUAUCUAAUUUUCAAUAGAAAAUAAAGAUUCCCCGGCAAAUCGGUUCAGAAUAAGUGUAAAGUAAGCUA